AAAAUAACGUACCAGGCAGUCAGGCGUGCCGCGUGCAGAUGCAGUGACCUUCUUUAAUCCCCAAAUCUUUUACUCCCCUUCUCUCUCUGCCUUCUUGUCUUUCCCUUCUUCCCAUCCCAGUUUCCCCGAAAGAGACACAAUUGAUUGCAAAUUUUUAGCAGAUGUCGAGUUAAACCUCUUUAGGAAGCUUCAAUUUGGCUUUCCACCCAACAAAUUUCGGGGGAAGUUUGGAAUUUGAGGUAAGAGCUAAGGGUUUCAUUCAUUUCUCGUUUUUGAAACUCCUGGAAUUUGAAUUUAGCUCAAGAAUCUUUGAAAGUUGAAUCGUGGGUUUGUUUUUGUUUUUAGAUUUCAUGCGUUUGGGAAAAUAAAUUAGGUAUAUUUUAACUAGAAGGUUGAUGGGGUUUAGGUUUACUUCCCAAUUUUGUUGACCUAAGUGUGUUAUAUAUUCUCUGAUUGUGAAUUUCUUUGGGCAAUAGGCUGUUUUGAGGAAGAUUUUGAUGUGGGGUUUGCUGUUUUCGUGUUUUUUUUAAACGAAAUGCUGAUUUGGAGCUAGUGGGGUUUGCUGUUUUCGUGUUUUUUUUAAAACGAAUGCUGAUUUGGAGCUAGUGGGGUUUGCUGUUUUCGUGUUUUUUUUUAAACGAAUGCUGAUUUGGAGCUAGUUUAGUUCUAUGAAGGAGAAGUUGUUGGUUGGAUUUAGAAUCCAAAGGGGAAAAAGAAUAAUGGGGGUGUAUGGAGCUUAAUCCCGAAAUGGCAAAACUGGUUGUUUCGAACUAGGAACUAGAGUCUUUCUAGGUUAUCUUCUUUGUGGUUGUUUUGUUGUUAAUCUUGAGUUCGUGCUGAAAUGGAUGACACCGAAGAUGACACAAGGUAUCCUCCAAACCUGUAUGGUGGGAAUCACCAGCAGGGCUAUGGUUCUUCACAACGCCAAAAGCUUCCUGCUCGUGGUGGUGUUCCAUAUCCUAGGCCAGUCGGUAAUGACUAUGCCGAUGAUGAGGAGGAAGAUGAGACUGAUGACGAUGAAGAAUUGGGCGAGGAAGAAGAAGAUAACAAUGGUCAAAAUGGCUAUCCUUCUGUUCAUAAAGGUGUUGGGGAUGAUGAUCACGAGGAUGAUAGUGAUGAUGAAGAGGAUGAGGAUGAUGAAGAGGAUAAUAAGAUGAUGGUUAGAAGGCUGGAUGAUGAUGAUUUGAAAACGCACCCAAAGAAGCGUAAGUUAAAGAGUUUGAUUUCAAGUUAUGAAUUUGCUCCUCGUUUGCCAGCUCCUCCUCCUCCUGCUGCUGCACCCUCUGCUCCAAGACAAUCAAUUGGUGGUCGGAAUGCGCUUACAGAUUGGACUGAACGUGAGACUUUUGUGUUACUAGAUGCUUGGGGUGACCGGUUCCUUCAACGUGGAAAAAAGAGCCUUCGCUCUGAGGAGUGGCAAGAGGUUGCAGAGAAAGUAUCAGAGGUGUCCAAGAUUGAAAGGACAGACACACAAUGCCGCAAUCGGUUGGAUACAUUGAAGAAAAAGUACAAGAAGGAGAGGGCCAAGUUCGCAGAGUCUGGUGGUGCCACUAGUAAGUGGGUUUACUUCACAAAGAUGGAUAUGUUGAUGUCAUCGCUACAACAGCAAGCCGGCCUCUCGUGUGGUUUGGACUCAGGGGAGUAUGUUUUCAUGAACCCUAAAGUGUAUUUAAACCGUGCAAAUGGGUUGGAUGAGAUGAGGGAUAGUCCAGAGAAUUCUGAAUCAUCUGAGGGAGGGGAUGACGAUUCAGAUGGGCUACCACCCAAGAAGAGAAGGUAUGGAAGGGAGAAUGGUGAUCGGGGUUCCUUUAGAUUGCUUGCUGAUUCCAUUCAAAAGUUCAGCGACAUAUAUGAGAAGAUUGAAAAGAGUAAAAGGAAGCAGAUGGCGGAACUAGAGAAGAUGAGGAUGGAUUUCCACAGAGACUUGGAACUGCAGAAGAGGCAGAUUAUGGAGAGAGCGCAGGCUGAGAUAGCGAAAAUACAGCAGGGCGAUGACGAGGAGAAUGAUAACUCUGCCGAAAAUGCUAGCGGGUAAUAUCGGUAUCUAUCCGUAAUAUUAAUGGGUUAUGUUAACUGCAAGCUGUUGUUGUAUCAAUUGGGGAAGACUUUAUCCCCUUGUAUUUCUUUUGAGGAAAUAAGUUGUUGAUUUUGUAACAGAUAUGGUAAUUAGAAACUAAAUAUUUCGAGUUA